AUGCACAUCUCCGGGAUCGCCCUCCGGGCCCUAACGGCCCUGUCGAUCUUCAUCUCACGGGGCCACGGCGAGUCCAUGCCGGGCCUGCAGACCGUCGUCGCCGACGAGAUCUGCAAAAACCGCCAGUCGUGCGGCUUCCAGAGCAUCGCCUACAACGCCACCAGCGGAGCCGGUACGCUGUGCCUUGACCAGUACGCUGGCGUUCUCCGCGCCUGGGCAGACAUCUCCGAGUAUGCGGCGCAGUGCCCGGACUCAAAGCUCGUCAUAACCGGCUGGUCCAGGGGUGGCGCCCUCGUCUCGGACCUACUGGCUGGUGGGGGUGGCAUUCCGCUCGCAGGGGAUCUGUGCGAGCAGCCGGUCACGCCUGCGCUGGACCCGGAUGUUUUCCCGGGUAAUAGAGUCGCUGCCGUUGUCAACUUUUGCGUCCUUCACCACAAUGGUAACCAGUCCUGGAACGUCGGAUCCGGCUCGUCGCGCGACGGUCAGCACCCGCGCAACGCGGAAAUGCUGCGUCAGCUCGGCAGGUGGGCCGAUCGGUUCCGCGACUACUGCGAGGUCAAUGAUCCCCUGUGCGCCCAGGGAGCGGACCCGGCAUCGCAUCGAGACUACUUUACCAAGGAGGAGUGGCGCCAAAUGGCGGCUGAAUUCGUUGCAUCUCGGCUGGGCUAG